GGCUGCCGGCCAGACUCCCCGAGAUCAUGCUGGUGGGAACCCAGUCCUUCUCGCCCGGAGGGCCCAAUGGCAUCAUUCGGAGCCAGUCGUUCGCGGGGUUCAGCGGCCUGCAGGAGCGGCGGUCCAGGUGUAACUCCUUCAUUGAAAAUGCUUCUGCUCUCAAGAAGCCUCAGGCCAAACUGAAGAAGAUGCAUAACUUAGGGCACAAGAACAGCAGCCCCCCCAAGGAGCCGCAGCCCGCCAGGGUGGAGGAGGUCUACCGGGCCCUGAAAGGCGGACUCGACGAGUACCUGGAGGUCCACCAGACGGAGCUGGACAAGCUGACGGCGCAGCUGAAGGACAUGAGGAGGAACUCCCGCCUGGGUGUGCUGUAUGACCUGGACAAGCAAAUUAAAACGAUCGAACGGUACAUGCGGCGCCUGGAGUUUCACAUCAGCAAGGUGGACGAGCUCUACGAAGCCUACUGCAUCCAGAGACGCCUCCAGGACGGUGCCAGCAAGAUGAAGCAGGCCUUCGCCUCGUCCCCCAACAGCAAGGCCGCCCGGGAGAGCCUGGCCGAGGUGCACCGGAGCCACAAGGAGUACACGGAGAACAUGUGCACCAUCGAGGUGGAGCUGGAGAGCCUGCUGGGCGAGUUCUGCAUCCGGAUGAAAGGUCUGGCCGGCUUCGCGCGCCUCUGCCCCGGGGACCAGUACGAAAUUUUCAUGAAGUACGGCCGACAGCGGUGGAAGCUGAAAGGCAAAAUCGAAGUCAACGGCAGGCAGAGCUGGGACGGAGAGGAAACGGUGUUCCUGCCCCUCAUCGCUGGGCUCAUCUCCAUCAAGGUACAGUGUUCCCGGCAGCUGUGGUCUCCUGGUGCCACGCUGGGUGAGCCACGCUGGGUGAGCCACGCUGGCCCCUUCGACGUGGAGGACGUGACCCCGUCCGCCGGCACCGGGAGCAAGGCGGCCGCCCUGCAGCGGAGGAUGUCCAUUUACAGCCAGGGCACCCCCGAGACGCCCACCUUCAAAGACCACGCCUUCUUCCGGUGGCUGCAGCCCUCCCCGGACAAGCCCCGGCGGCUGUCCGCCCUGAGCGCCUUGCAGGACACGCUCCUGGCCAAGCUGCACCGCAGCCGCUCUGUGUGCGACCUGCCCUCCCUCAGGCUGAGGCCCAAGGCCGUGCUCGAGUCCUAUUCGAACCUCCCGGACGACACCUUCGAGAGCGACAAGGCUGCCCAAGAGAAGAGGCCGCUGUCCCUCAGCUUCGACGACCUGCCCAACGGGGACUGUGCCCUCCCCGCCAGCCCGGCUGGCUCCCUCGCCAACUCGUGCCCGGCCCACAGGCUGCUGUUCGAGGAGCCGGUGGUCAGUGGUGAGGUGGACGGCGGCCGGUCCUUCCUGGACGGGAGCCUGGAGGACGCGUUCCACGGGCUGUUCCUCGCGCUGGAGCCCCACAAAGAGCAGUACCAGGAGUUCCAGCAGCUGAGCCAGGAGGUCAUGCACUUGGACAAUGUCCUCAAAUGUAAGCCGCCCGGAAGCCGCAGCACGCCCUCCAGCCUGAGCCUGACGGUGGAGAGCGCCCUGGAGAGCUUCGACUUCCUGAACACCUCCGACUUCGACGAGGAGGAGGACGUGGACGAGGGCGGCCCUGUGGGAGGUGCCGACUCGGUGUUUUCAGACACGGAGACUGAGAGGAACGGCUACAGGUCAGUUCACCCGGAGGCCAGGGCGCACCUCAGCGAGGCGCUGACGGAAGACACGGGCGUGGGCACCAGCGUGGCCGGCAGCCCCCUCCCGCUGACCACGGGGAGCGAGAGCCUGGACAUUGCCAUCGUCAGGCACCUCCAGCAGUGCACCCAGCUCGUGCAGCAAAUUGUCUUCUCCAGCAAAACCCCCUUCGUGGCGAGAAAUCUCCUGGAGAAGCUUUCCGGGCAAAUCCGCGUGAUGGAGAAACUCGCCGCCCUCAGUGACGAGCACAUAGGGAACAUCGGUUCCGUCCUGGAAGGUGAGCUGGAGGCCAGCUUCGCUGGCGCCGUCAACGCAGACUACCCGGGCCUGGCAGACCCAGUGUUUCGGACGCUGGUGGCCCAGAUCCUGGACCGGCCGGAGCCCCUGCUGCCCCCCAGCCUGGCCUCCGAGGUGGUCACCGUCUUCCAGUUUCACGGCUACUUCUCCGGCCCCGGGGUUGGCGGCCUGGAGGGCCACGUGCGCCAGCUGGCGGGACAAGUCUCCGUGGUGCGGAGCCUGCAGUCGCUGCGGGACGAGAAGCUGCGCCAGGCGGUCAGCGGCCUGGCCCCCAGCAGCCUCCCGGCCCAGCAGGAGGUGCUCCGGACCCUGGCUCUGCUCUUGACCGGGGCCGACCGCGGCGUCAGCCAGGCCGUGAGGCUGUACCUGGAGGCGGCCGCCGGGAACCAGCCUUUCAGGGAGAAGGCCCUGCUCUACUACUGCGAGGCCCUGACCGCCCGCGACCUGCAGCUGCAGAAGGCGGCGUGCCUGGCUCUGCAGAGCCUGCAGGCCACGGAGAGCAUCAAGAUGCUGGUGACCCUGUGCCAGUCGGAUGCGGAGGAGCUCAGAAACGUGGCCUCCGAAACCCUCCUGUCCCUGGGGGAAGACGGGCGGCUGGCCUACGAGCAGCUGGACAAGUUCCCCCGGGACUGCGCCCACGUCGGAGGCCGUCACGGGACCGAGGUGGCCACGGCCUUUUAAUGACCCAACAGCUGUCGUCACAGAUGGCCCCGCGGUCCCGGAGGCGCGAGAUGUCGCCGGGAACCUCCCGCGGUGUAGACAGAACUCGAUCCGGUCCUGGCGCCCAGCGCGAGCUGUGCCCGCUACGAGAGGGCUGUGUGCAGCGUACGAGGUCAGUCACAGCGCCGACCACGGGCAGCGCCGAGUCAACAGAGCCCGCCGUCUCUGACACGUGUGGGAUUUCAAAACAGCCAUCUUCGUACCUUUCCAGAAGUUCUGCGAGCUUGAGGCCGUCCUGUGAGACGCGGGUAAAUGUCGUACAGCUUGCAGUCCCCUCCGUCCGUCGUGUCCUCAGGGUUGAGGGCCCCCACCCCUCACCCCCACCAGCCACCUAACUUUACCUUCAGUGAAAAGCACAAAAAGAAUUGCUCCCAAUAAAAGUUUGCCUGCGGGACCGGUAGGCCCCGCACUGUAAGAGCGCAAUGUUGUCACACGUCACGUGUCACUGUGCCGCCUGUUCCUCUUCUUCCUCCUGAGAAUUCCCGAAGCGUGCUUCCACGGUGGCGAGAAGAUGGGGAGGUGACCAGGAGCAGACGGCCUUAGGAGAUCACCCCCCUACUCCUUAAACACAAAGGCACGCAUUGCGUCCGCUUUUAUUUGUGAACAAACAAGAGCCAUUUUUUUUAUGAUCUUUUUCUAUAGAGGUACUUGGCCGCUAAGACCAAUCCAAACCCAAAGCCAUGGCUUCAGAAAAGCUGGGCGCUCCCUGAGGCGCGAGCGCGAGCAAGUUGGAGAGACAUUGAAAAGGGGUCCUUGCUUCUGUGACAACCCCAGGAGGUCAGGAUGAAGGCUGCCCCCCUGGGGUGGUGACUGCCCCCUGCUGGGACCCCUUGGCCAAAUAGAACAGCAGCCGCCCUCACCGCUCCCACCAGGGGAGCAAACCCAGUCGCUAAAGUCCACGCCCGCUCAGGAGCUCCUGGUACAUAAUGGGGCUUCCUUCUAGGCGUAUACGGGGCGGGAUAUGCCAAGUUAUCUAAUAGGUGUGAGUGUAGCUUGAACUGUACUCCAGAUGUGUUUGUAUAAAAUGCCAGUGAGGUGUCAUUUUAAAUAUCUACACGUCAGCAGACCUUUACAGCAGCUCUUAGUUCAACUUACACGGUGUCUGCCGGGUUUCCCGGCAAAGAGUCCUUGGGACUGUGAAGUUACAGUGUGUAUAUAUAUAUAUCUAUUUGUAUAUUUAUAAAUAUUAUAUAUAUGCCUAUGUCCUUCCUUUGAAAAGUUCCUUGUACAGUCUAUAGUUAGGAUAGCCUGCAUAAGCUGCAGUCCCUGAGAAAUGGUGGAGAGAAUUUUUUUUUUUUUUAUAGAAAACUCAAAUCCCAAAUGUUACCAAGUGUUUUGUUGGUUGUGGUGUGUGUUUUUUAAAAAGAAUUUUGAAUAUUGCAUGAGCAACGGACUCCAGGUCUUUUGUAUUCACAUCUGCAUUUUGUUUUGGUUGAGGGGGUGCGUUGUUUUGUGGCAUUUGUAUCCGUCACUGUUCCCAUCCUGGACGUUCAAAUAAAAAUUAUUUUUGAAUCUCUGGUCUCA